AUGGCUUUCCGCUCUCUUCCACGGGCACUUAAUAGUGCUCUUUCAGGAUCACGCCCAGUUACUAGGAGCUUUCUAAGCCAACGAGCAGGUCUGGCAACCGCAGUUCCUCCAGUGACGCAGGAUGAGACAUCGUCGAAAGGACCUACUGCCAUGGUUUUCAUGAACAUGGGAGGACCGUCAACAACAGAUGAAGUGGAAUCCUUCUUGAGCAGGCUAUUUGCCGACGGUGAUUUAAUUCCUCUCGGACGACUCCAACCAUAUCUCGGACCGCUUAUCUCGAAGAGAAGAACGCCGAAGAUUCAGAAACAAUAUGCAGAAAUCGGAGGUGGAUCGCCGAUCCGGAAAUGGUCUGAAUAUCAAUGCACAGAGAUGUGCAAGGUUCUAGACAAAAUUAACCCCGAAUCCGCCCCGCACAAGCCAUACGUCGCAUUCCGCUAUGCCGAUCCUCUGACCGAAGAGAUGUACACCAAGCUACUUGACGAUGGAUUUGGGAGAGGGAGGGGAGGCCGUGCAGUCGCUUUUACACAAUACCCGCAGUAUUCUUGCUCGACCACCGGUAGUUCGCUUAAUGAGUUAUGGAAGUGGCGGAAUCGUUUGGAGGGCAGGCGUGCAAAUGGCGAUGUGAACCCUACUGGCACGGUGCAAUGGAGUGUCAUCGACCGCUGGCCAACUCACCCCGGACUGAUUGAAGCAUUUGCGAAAAACAUUGAGGCUCAGCUCGCGACAUACCCUGAAGAGAAGAGGAGCAGCGCGGUGUUAUUGUUCUCAGCACACAGCUUGCCGAUGAGCGUCGUGAACAGAGGUGAUCCUUACCCAGCGGAAGUUGCUGCCACUGUCAAUGCGGUCAUGCAGAGAUUGAACUUCAGCAACCCCUACCGUUUGUGCUGGCAAUCCCAGGUGGGGCCCUCCGCUUGGCUAGGUGCCCAGACCAGCGACACUGUCCAGGAAUACGUGAAACGUGGGCAUACCGACAUCGUUCUCGUACCCAUUGCGUUCACCAGUGACCACAUCGAAACCCUCUAUGAGCUGGAUCUCGAGGUGAUGGAAGACGCCGGCCACCUUCCGGGAGUCAAGCGGGCCGAGAGUAUGAAUGAUAACCCGAUCUUCAUCGAGGCUCUUGCAGACAUUGCGAAGACCCAUCUGCAGAAAAAUGAGCCAUGCUCAAUGCAGAUGACUCUGCGCUGCCAGGGAUGCCGCAGCGAAAGAUGCUUAGAGCAGAAGAAAUUCUUUGCAGGCGAGCAAGGUGCUUCGCUUGUUCUGUGA